CCCAAUACAUUUUAAAUGGGCCGGGUUACCAGGUCAAGUAUCCAGAAACCAACCCGUCGUAACCUAAACGGAUCGGGUUAUCGGUUAACCGCCGAAACCCUACGAAAAACCUUGAGAACCUUCUCCAAGAUCGUCUUCUCCAAGCCAAUCUCUUCCUACAUUACACCAAUUCUCAAAUCCCGAAAUAGCAUGGCUCAGAAAUGUGCGAUUGGUUUGAUUUCAGCCGUCGCAGCUUCCGUUUCUCUUUCGCAAUCGAAAGUCGCUGCUGCUGAUGGCCCUUUCACUUUCCCUCCUGCGAAUCCCCAGCAGCAGGCUGCUUCUUCUCCGCCGUCGACGGCUGGUGAAGAGUCUUCAGCUCCUCCUCCUCCUCCGAGAGCUCGGAAUGAUAAUCCGAGGACGAGUUCAGGUGGUUUCGAUCCGGAGGCGCUGGAGCGUGGAGCUAAGGCAUUGAAGGAGAUCAACAACUCCUCUUACGCCAAAAAUGUGUUUGAGAGUAUUAAGCAGCAAGAAGAGACAAAGCAAACUGAGUUUGCAGCCAAGGCGCAAGAGUAUAAAGCUAUGCAAGCCCAAGCUGAAACCGAGAGACAAAAGGUGAUAUACGAUGAACACAAAAAACUUGCUCAGCACCAAGCGCAGACUAAAUCUCAGAUGGCUCGUUACGAAGACGAUUUAGCAAGAAAGAGGAUGCAGGCUGAGAAUGAGUAUCACAGAACAAGAAACCAGGAGCUUGUGAAAAUGCAAGAAGACUCGGCAAUCAGGCAGGAGCAAGCUCGACGAGCUACCGAGGAGCAGAUCCAGGCGCAGAGGCGACAGACCGAGAGGGAGAAGGCUGAGAUUGAACGCGAGACGAUCAAGGUCAAAGCUAUAGCUGAAGCUGAAGGAAGAGCCCAUGAGGCAAGGCUCGCUGAAGAUGUAAACAGGAGAAUGCUUGUUGAUCGUGCAAAUGCAGAGAGGGAGAAAUGGGUUGCUGCCAUUAACACCACAUUCGACCAUAUCGGAGGUGGGUUGCGUGCAAUUCUAACCGAUCAGAAUAAACUGGUUGUUGCUGUUGGGGGUGCAACCGCUCUUGCAGCUGGAAUAUACACAACGAGAGAAGGAGCAAAGGUUAUAUGGAGCUAUGUGGACAGAAUAUUAGGACAACCAUCCUUGAUCCGAGAAUCGUCAAGGGGCAAGUACCCUUGGUCUGGUUCGGUUUCUCGUGUAAUGUCCACAUUGCGUGGAAAGGGGUCAGCUGCCAGUAAUGGAAAAGGGUUUGGUGAUGUUAUUCUGCAUCCUUCCCUGCAGAAGAGAAUCGAACACUUAGCUAAUGCAACCGCCAACACAAAAUCACACCAAGCUCCUUUCCGAAACAUGCUUUUCUAUGGUCCUCCAGGAACAGGCAAAACAAUGGCCGCCAGGGAGCUUGCUCGUAAAUCUGGUUUGGAUUAUGCAUUGAUGACUGGUGGAGAUGUUGCUCCACUUGGAUCUCAGGCUGUUACAAAGAUUCACCAGCUGUUUGAUUGGGGGAAGAAGUCUAAGAGAGGCUUAUUGCUCUUCAUUGAUGAAGCUGAUGCAUUUUUGUGCGAGAGGAACAAAACAUACAUGAGUGAAGCUCAAAGAAGUGCACUAAACGCUCUUCUCUUCCGCACGGGUGAUCAGUCCAAAGACAUUGUCUUAGCACUCGCCACGAACCGACCUGGUGACUUAGACUCAGCCGUGGCUGACCGUGUGGACGAGGUUCUCGAAUUCCCCUUACCAGGAGAAGAAGAGCGGUUCAAGCUUCUAAGCUUGUAUCUUGAAAAGUACAUAGCUCAGGCUGGUCCAAGAAAGCCGGGUUUGUUCGACCGUCUCUUCAAGAAAGAGCAGCAGAAGAUCGAGAUAAAGAGCGUCACCGAAGAGCUCUUAAAGGAAGCUGCUGCGAAAACUGAAGGGUUUUCAGGGAGAGAGAUUGCGAAGCUGAUGGCGAGUGUUCAGGCAGCUGUUUAUGGUAGUGAAGACUGUGUGUUGGACUCUGUGCUGUUCAGAGAGGUUGUGGAUUACAAAGUUGCAGAGCAUCAGCAGAGAAGAAAAUUGGCUGGAACCGAUGCCAAAUGAGAUUUUUGAUGUGUAAGUUAAUCAAGUUGGUCUCACCUUCACACUUUUUAAAAGAAGCAAAACGAAAAGAGAUUUCAACACUAUUGUUACUCCUUUUUGGUCAAGGAGAGAGGUCUUGUUGUACCCUUGUGUUACAGUUUAAGUUAAUUUGCUUUUAGCAUAGCUUAAAUUAUUGUACUAAUAAAAAUCGAGAUUUUGUCGACACUAA